UUACAGAAUAUGUGCAUUUUCAAAGAAUAUGUCAAUUUGCCAAACUAUAAAUCCAUAGCACUGCUACCAGUCAUGCUGGAUAAAUAUUGUCUAAGAGAAUCCCUAUGAAACAUCUCAAUAUAAAAAUGGAGGUGAAUAAAAUAAGUUUCUAAUGGAUCCAACAAAAAGUGAAGGAUACCUCAUAUUUCAUGUUUGACCUGGAGCAACGUUUUUUAAGUACUGAGAGAAUAGAACUCUCUUCACUGCAUUUUAUCAUUUACCAUUCACAUCCUCAUUCUAGUAGCAAUAUCAGCCUAAAAACAUCAAAAUGGACACAAAAUAAAGGAAUGUACCAGGUGAUUGAAGGCAUAAUUUCACCAGUAAAUGACAAUUAUGGAAAGAAAGAACUUGCAGCUGCAAAACACCGAGUCGCCAUGGUACGACUAGCACUACAGACAUCCAGCUGGAUUCGAGUGGAUCAGUGGGAGAGUGAACAAAAGGAGUGGAUAGAAACAGUAAAAGUGUUAAGACAUCAUUAUAGUGAAUUGCUCAGGAAAGAGGCCACAAACUCCAAUGCAGGUUCUGAAAUACCUACUGAGGAUAUUGCCACUCCAGCAUAUACAGCUGCUCCUGAGUUAAAGCUGCUCUGUGGUGCAGAUAUCCUGAAGACUUUUCAAACCCCCAACCUCUGGAAAGAUGAACACAUCCAAGAAAUAGUUGAAAAGUUUGGCUUAGUAUGUGUUAGCAGGGCUGGCCAUGACUUUCAGCAAUAUAUCUCUGAAUCAGCCAUUUUAACUCACUAUCAACAUAAUAUACACCUAGUUAAGAAUGUGGUACAGAGUGAUUUGAGUGCCACAUAUGUAAGACAAGCCUUGUACCAAGGACAAAGUGUGAAGUAUCUGAUUCCAGACUCAGUCAUUUCUUAUAUUAAAGACCAUGACCUCUACCGGGAAGAGAGAAAAUAAAUAUAAUUAAAGGAAUGGAAUGAUGAAGGAAAAGUGAUGUUAAGAAGUUGUUGGGGCUUCUCUAUUCUACAUGUGAAAUUCGGUUCCACAGUUAUUAGAAACUUUCAGAGUUUGCACAAAUAAUAAGUUGGGUUUUUUUUUUAAAUGGCAAAGUGUUCCUUGUUCAUACAAUAUUGUGCAUAUUGAAUUCUUUAAUGAGUCUUUAAGCACAAUAUCCUCUUCUUUAUUAGAGAUGUUUGACAGGAUACUAAUUACUUUAGAAUGACUUGGUAAGCUUUUGUUUUGAAAAAAAUAGUACUAAUAGAGCAAAAUCAUAAUGGGAAGUUUAGUUGUGACAAGUGUGGACUCUUUGUAUAUUCAGCACUUUCCUAAGCAGUAUUGGAUAUUCCACAGAGAACCAUUUAAGAGGAAUACAUUUCUAUUUGGUAUUGAAAAUUAAGCUAUUUUCUAAACAAAUGUUUUUAUGUAUUUUAAUAUAAUAAAUAUUUUAAUACUGUUUUUAGCAGGAAACAUGAUAUUCCUGACUUUAAAUGCCAAUGUCCUCAUUUCCAAGAUUUCUUUAAAAAAAAGUUGAUUCAUUUAAUUUUAAUAGGAUCUUUUGAGUGUUUCAUGUCUGCAUAUUGGCAAACAAAAAAUAAAAUAUCACAAAGUUCUAAUGAA